CUAGAUAAUAUGAAGCAAAUCAUUCACCAUACAAACGCUCUGUCUGCUACUGGUGGCAGUGUCAAAUCCUCAUCAGUGCAAUGUACCCUGCAGGGUACUCCUCUUUUGCCUGCAUUCUCAAUGGAUGGAGAUUUUGUAAUUGGAGGUGCUUUCUUCAUUCACUACAAAAUGCAAACUUUAUUUCAUAACUACACCACUGAGCCUGAGCUUCCAAGAUGCAUAGGAAGCUUUGAUGCCAGGGAGUUGCGCUUCUCCCGCACAAUGAUUUUUGCAAUAAAGGAGAUAAAUAACAGCACAGAAUUGCUGCCAGGUAUCAGACUUGGUUAUCAGAUCUAUGACACCUGUGGUGCUGUUCCCAUUGCUGUGCAUGUUGCCUUUCAAUUAUUAAAUGGUCAGGACCCUCUGUUUUAUAAAGACAGCAACUGCUCACAGUCUGGUAUGGUGAUGGCUGCUGUUGGAGACUCAGGAUCUACUCCAACCAUCAGCAUCUCACGACUUAUGGGCUCCUUUAACAUUCCUCUGGUCAGCCAUUUUGCCACUUGUGCCUGCCUAUCUGAUAAAAAAGAAUAUCCAACUUUUUUCAGAACAAUUCCUAGUGAUGAUUUCCAAGCCGAUGCCCUGGCCAAGCUCGUGAAAUAUUUUGGUUGGACAUGGAUAGGUGCUGUUCACUCAGACUCUGACUAUGGAAAUAAUGGCAUGGCGUCCUUCCUUAAGACAGCAAACAGAGAGGGUAUCUGUGUGGAGUAUAUUGAAUCAUUUUAUCGGACUGACACACCAAGCAAGAUCAAAAAAGUUGCUGAUGUUAUCCGCAGGUCAUCAGCUGUAGUUGUUGUGGCAUUUGCAGCUGAUGGUGAUAUGAAGUUUCUUUUGGAAGAGCUGGCUCGAGAUCCUCCUCCACCUCGUCAGUGGAUUGGAAGUGAAUCCUGGGUAACUGACCAACUCUCAAUGAGCUUCAGUUUCUGUGCAGGGACCAUCGGAGUUGCCAUUCAGCAAUCUGUCAUCCCAGGUCUGAGAGAAUUCCUCCUGGAUCUCUCUCCAUCUGAAGUGGCUGCCUCCUCAGUUCUGACUGAAUUCUGGGAGGAGGUGUUCAACUGCAGCCUAAGAAAGAGCAGAGACACUUAUCUCUACAGAAGAGAAUGUAAUGGAACUGAAGAUAUCAGAACAGUUGAAAGCUUGUACACCGACACAUCUCAGUUGAGAAUUUCCAACAUGGUUUACAAGGCUGUUUAUGCUAUAGCACAUGCUAUUCACAAUGCUGCAUGUCAGAAUACAAAUGGCUUGACAAAGUGUAACAAAAACAUGAAUUUUGAUCCUAAGAAGAUUGUUGCUGAGUUAAAGAAAGUAAAGUUUAUUCAAAAUGGUUACAACGUUUCAUUUAAAGCAAAUGGAGACCCUGUGGCUUUUUAUGAGCUUGUAAACUGGCAAAAGAGUGAUAGUGGAGAAAUUGAACUGGUAACAGUUGGGUACUAUGAUGCUUCUCUCCCAGUAGGCCAGGAGUUUAGAAUCUUUAGGAACUUAACCUGGCUGGAUGGUGGCACCCAGGUGCCAGUGUCAGUGUGCUCUCAAAGUUGUCCUCCUGGAACUCGAAAGGUGUUGCAGAAAGGACAGCCCAUCUGCUGCUAUGAUUGUACACCAUGUCCUGAAGGAGAGAUCAGUAAUCAGACAGAUUCUCCUGAUUGCUUCCACUGUCCCAAAGAGUUCUGGCCGAAUGCAAAAAAAGAUGUUUGUAUCCCCAAACCUGUAGAGUUUCUUUCCUUCAAUGAAGUUCUUUCAGUCAUCCUGGUGGCAUUCUCUAUUAGUGGGGCCUGUCUGACCACGAUUACAGGAAUAAUUUUCUUUAAGCACAGGAUGACUCCGAUUGUCAGAGCAAACAACUCUGAGCUGAGUUUCCUGCUGCUCUUCUCUCUGGCUCUAUGCUUUUUAUGUUCAUUAACUUUUAUUGGAGCACCUUCUGAGUGGUCAUGCAUGCUGCGACACACAGCAUUUGGCAUCACCUUUGUUCUCUGUAUCUCCUGUGUCCUAGGGAAAACUAUAGUAGUUUUAAUGGCUUUUAAAGCAACACUUCCAGGAAGUAAUGCUAUGAAAUGGUUUGGUCCCCCACAACAAAGAAUAACAGUAGUGUCAUUUACAUUUAUUCAAGUUUUGAUAUGCACUGUGUGGUUAGUUCUGAGUCCUCCUUUCCCAGUGAAAAAUCUAUCCACCUACAAGGAGAAGAUAAUCCUGGAAUGUGCAUUAGGCUCUGUUGUUGGUUUCUGGGCUGUGCUUGGCUACAUCGGCCUACUUGCUCUGUUUUGCUUUGUUUUAGCUAUUCUAGCUCGGAAACUACCUGACAAUUUUAAUGAAGCCAAACUGAUCACCUUCAGUAUGUUAAUAUUCUGUGCUGUCUGGAUCACCUUCAUCCCUGCAUAUGUCAGCUCUCCUGGAAAAUUUACUGUUGCUGUAGAGAUAUUUGCCAUUUUGGCCUCCAGCUUUGGACUGGUACUUUGUAUAUUUGCUCCAAAGUGUUUCAUAAUUUUGUUUCAACCAGAGAAGAACACUAAGAAAUAUUUAAUGAACAAAAAUUGA